AUGCGAGAAGUCACCGAGAACUGUGUGGUUCUACACGACGUUUCCUGUGACGUGUUUACGUUAAUUCUGAGGACAUUGUACACGGGUGUAGAUAUUUUAACUUCCCAAAACCUGCUCGAUGUUUGGCGAGCAGUUCACAUGCUGCAGAUCGCUUUCAUGGUCAAGUUGUGUGAGGACUUCGCCAUUGAAACGGUUGCGAUGGAUACGUGGGAACAGAUUUACACAAAUGCUAAACUUUUAGAUUCAGAAAACGUUCUUGAACACCUCCAGAAAUUCAUGAUAAAAAACUUUGAACAAAUUUCUCUGACAUCAACAUUUCUUCAACUGUCUUUUGAGGAACUAAGGAAUUUGAUAAAAUGUCAAGAUCUAGUAGUGAGCAAAGAAGAUUUAGUUCUUGAAGCAGUGAUACGAUGGGUCAAUUUUGUUCAGAUAAUGACAGCUGAGUUAAAAGAAAGUAAAUGUACAUUGAAUGCUAAAGAUUCAAACAACGUUAACUAUAUGAUGCUAGAUUCUAGUGUUACAGUCGACUUUGUAAAAAAUGAAAUAGCUUUGAGAAAGGAAAAACUAACAGGUCUAUUAAAAAAGAUCAGGAUCUAUCUUGUAAGUCCUUCACUUUUGUCUCAUGUAUACAAGAUGGACUUAAUAUCUGAAAAUAAAGAUUCAAGUGACAUAAUUGUCGAUGCUUUAUUAUAUCACGUUCAAGAUCUGAGACAAAGUCAUUGGCCAUCUGUUGCUCUACAUAGAACGUGUAGUGAAUACAGACAUGGUGGAGUAUUCGCUGAAGGAAAGGGGCAUUUUAAAUUUUUAAGUGCAAUCGAAGAGAAGAUUUAUACAAUCUCAGAUAGCUUUUGGUUGCGUGAAGAUGUUCAUUUAACCACAGUUAAUGGAGAACUGUAUGCUGCAAAUGGCAGUUUGUGUUUGGUUCUUUGUUUACACGACAGUAGAAGCAUCCAAUUUGAACACAUUGCUAAACUUUGGACUGGCAAAAAAGUGCUGCAUGGCGCGUUCACUUACAAAAAGAAACUUAUAAUUGUUGAAACUCGAUCGCUAAUCAACCCAGCUGAAGAGGAAAAACUAGAAGUUCCAAAUCACUUUAAUUUGAUCAAGUACUGGCGAAUUUUUUGUACAUGUUCUAAUGUAGCUCCUCUCAUAAUAUCAACCAGCUUUCCUUAG